AUGGACUCCCCGUCGGCUCUUCCACCAAACCUGAACGCAAAGCAGUCACCCAGUCUCCGUCACAACGAUGGGCAGCAGGUCCAACAUCACCGAAACCAGCAAGAUGCCUCGCAUUGUCCCGCCCACGCCAGCGUUGGUGCGGAUAUCGAUAUCAAUAUCGACCCCGAGUAUGUGAGCCCUCACCCGACAGACGGAGACGAUACCGCCAUCUCGAGGGAAGAGACCGAGACCGACUUCCCCGAGGGUGGGCUCCAAGCCUGGCUCGUAGUCUUCGGGUGCUUCUGCGCCAUGCUGUCCGUGUACGGGCUCAUAAACAGCGCUGCUGUCUUCGAGUCGUACUUUUCGGCCAGCCAGCUAGCCAGUUACAGUCCCUCGGACAUUGGCUGGAUCUUUGGCUUGUACCUGUUUAUUGUGUUCUUCGCUGGGGUUCAGGUGGGACCUGUGUUUGACCGAUAUGGACCGAGAGCACUGGUAGCUGUAGGUAGUGUGCUCACAGUUGCGAGCCAGUUCCUCCUUGGAUUGUGUGAAGGAUACUACCAAAUCAUACUCACAUACGCCGUCCUCGCCGGCAUAGGUGGUGCGCUGCUCAACGUGCCCGCGUACGGCGCCAUCGCGCACUACUUCAAAAGACGCCGCGGCUUCGCUACCGGGAUGGCGGCCACAGCCGGCUCGGUCGGCGGCAUCGUCUUCCCGCUGCUGUUCCAGGCCUUGAUUCCCAAAGUGGGCUUCGCUUGGACUACACGAAUUAUCGGGUUCAUUCUGCUGGGACUCGCAGUCCCGGCCAACCUGCUCAUUAGGUCGCGUCUACCGCCGAGCGAGAAGAUCGUUUCCGUAUUGCCAGAUUUAUCAGCGUUCCAAGACCUAAAAUUCACUCUUUGCUGUGCUGGGAUCUGGUUUAUGGAGUGGGGCAUCUUUAUCCCAUUGACCUUCAUCGUCUCAUACGCUGUCGAUCAAGGCCAAGACGAAAAUUCGUCCUAUACCCUCCUCGCCGCCCUUAAUGCCGGCUCGUUCUUCGGGCGAUUCCUCCCCGGUCUGGUAGCAGACAAGAUCGGCCGGUUCAACGUCAUCAUUUCGACCAUAACCCUUUGCAUGGUCUCAAUCCUCGGCCUCUGGCUCCCUGCAGGCAGUUCCCAACCGCUGCUGUACGUCUUUGCCGUGGUCUUUGGCUUUGUCAGCGGCAGUAAUUUGUGUUUGUACCCCGUGUGUCUGGGCCAGCUGUGCGAUUCUAAGGACUAUGGUCGGUUCUACUCGACCGCGCUAGUAACGGCCAGUGUGGGCACGCUGACCAGUCUACCUAUUGGAGGUGCGCUGAGGGCGGUGGGUACCGAGGAACAGGGCUGGCAGAGCGUUAUUGUGUUUUCGGCGCUGUCGUAUGGGAUUGCGGCCAGUUGCUUCGUAGGUGCGAGGGUUCUGGCUGUUAGCUGGAAUGUCAAGACGAUCUUUUAG